UUUUUUUGCCUCAUCUCAUCUCCCAGCCAAAAAAACCGAGUCCAAUGUCCACCAUGGAAGAACAUCAGGAAUCACAGGAAGAGCAGCAGCAGCAGAACAUUGCCGCCGCUGAUGAACCAGCCCCAAAACAACCAUCCGAUGAGUCAGAGAACAGCGUAGUUGUCGAAGGAGACCUUUUUUCUCCCAAUACCAUUAAUGAUCGUAUAUCAGGAAAGAAUGAUGAUAACCUCGAUGAUUUUGGUGAUUUCGGAUCUGCACAGGAUAUUAAUAACAACACUACUACCCUUGGUGUUGAAGGGCGCAGGAAUAAUGACUUGUUUGAAGAUGAUGGAUUUGGAGCUUUUGAUACAGCUACAACAACAGCAGCAAUAACCACCCAGAUGUCGGCGCCUAGCAACGACGACGAUGAUUUUGGUGACUUUGGCGAGGUUCAGGCUGCAGGCAAUGAUAACGAUGGAUUCGGUGAUUUCAAUGAUUUUGCAGACGGUGAUGGCUUUCAGACAGCAGAUGGUGACGAUGACUUUGGAAGCUUUGAGAGCGUUGAAGAUGGCAAUCCUUUCGGUGAACCUGUGCAGAUACAGGUUUCUGCUCCGGUGCCAACUCCAGCCCCCGUAGCAGAGGAGGCACCAGUUGUGAUUGCGCCUGAUUUCACUGCUGUCAACUCGCUUCAGGUCGAAAACUACGUACUCGAGAAGCUUUCCGAACUAUACCCUAUUGAAGACGAUGAUAACCAUGGCAACUAUUCUGCACCAAGUCUAUUGAAUACAGAUAUGGAAGAACUCGACAUGGCUUCGUUGCUGGCAGAACAAGAACUGUGGACCUCAUUAUGUGAACAAUCAUUCCAAAUCCAUGAUAACAUUAGUACUCACCAUCAUUAUCACCAUCAUCAUCGUCAGCAACAGCAAAACAACAAUAGAAAUAGUAGCACUGAGUAUCCUACGAGUCCAUUGGCAAAAUCGAGUUCUCCAUCCUCUCAGGCAGCACCACAGUUUCAAUGGAAACACUCAAACUUGAGGAAAGAGUACUAUGCUUCAUUAGGACUCGUUGUUGCGAAGGAACAGACUGUUGUGACGCCAUCCUCCAUCCCCAACUCACUUAACAAUAUAUCUUUAGCAAGAUCAAGGGUUUCAUCACCCAUGAUUGUCAGUACUGAGACUAUGCCGGAGCGUAAGCCAAUAGAUAUUGCAGCGGUACAGGCCUACUGUCAGUUUACACCAGAAAACCUUGGUGGAUACUCUGGAGAAGAAAUGAAGGAUAUCAUUGCACAGCUUACAGAAUACACCCGUCAGGCUUCAGACGAGCUCACCUAUUGGCUUGAUCAAAGAGAACAGAUGAUCAUGGAUUCUGAACGGUAUAAUGAAAUGAUUGGCUCUUUGGUCGGACGUGCUGCUCAAUUAAAAGAUGCGGAAUCAAAACAAAGUACAAAAACAAAAACGAAGAGGUUGACCAGAUCUAGCUUUCAUUUGAAAUAAAUUAUAUAUCAAUG